CUGUUACCUUCUAAUUCAGCUUGGAAAGCAUGGCAAUGACAUCUUGCAGCUUCAUAUUGUCAAAGUUUCGCUUUCUCAGCACAGUGCUUGUGAUGUGGUACAAUGCUCCUGUUCUUACAAACUGCCCUCAGACCUACUGGAAAGAGACUGAAUCUGUGAAAUGAGUCUACGAUUUUUCUGCAGCAAUUUGCCAGCUGGCUCGAUAUUCAGUUUCUUUGUGUUUCUACUUCCUCCUGUUUUCACACAAAGUAACACAAAUCAUAUUUAUUUUUUGGAUAAGAGAGCUUAUAUCUCACUAAAAGGACCAGACAAUCCUGGAGAUGGUCCUGUUGUCUGGAAAUGGAAACCACACUCAGGGCAAGAAAUCCAACAGCUGGUUACUUUUUGGAGAGACAGAUCGGGCAGGUGGAAUGCAGAAUGGAGCAGACAAUUUAGAACCAGCAAGUUGUACCGGUGGAUAAUAAAAGAUCAGUAUACCAUUAACCUGAGAAUUGACAAUCCCGGAAUUCAAUUUGCUGGAUUGUUCACCUUGACUCAGGCACAGCCGAGAAAUGAAAUCCUGAAACAUUAUGAAAUAUUUGGGAUCAAAGUUGAGACCGAUUCCCAGAGGCCUGUAAUGGGCAGUGACAUCACCCUCAGUUGUACCAUCUCCAGACUCUCAGAUACAGUCAGUCUUCACUGGAAACAGAGAGGCUCAUCUCAGCAGAACAGGAGGAAAACUGAUCAGAUCCGACUAAAUAACACAGCCUAUCUGAUGGUCAAAUGUGUUACAGUAGAGGAUGAGAAGUUGUAUGAAUGUGAAGUGAAGGAAAAUGGAUCCAAUGUUAUCACAGGAAAUGCAGAUUUUCUUGUGUCUCAAUAUCUCUAUGGUAAGAGUUACACUCUUUAUCGGUCAAGCACAGAUCACAGUGAACUCAACCUGAUUUGUUAUUCUUAUUAUGAAUACAACAUUGCUGCAUGGAGCUGGAGGUCACAUCAUCUUCAAAAUCAGGAGAAAGAAAUAGCAUCUGCAUCGAAACAUCAGCCCAUCAGGAUUGCCUUUGGGAAUCGACUGGUCCCCAGAACCACAACAUUCAAUGGGAACAGCUUCAACAUGAGCAUUGUCCCUGUACUGUUUGAAGAUGCUGGAGUUUACACAUGUUCUCUGGGAUCACGUAAAGUGGUGACCAUGACACUAAUCACAGUUAAAGUGACAGCUGAACCAUCUGAUGCGGUGACUGAGGGAGACACCGUUACCCUGACCUGUUCUGUCUCUGAUGUCACUGAAACAAUGAGACUUGUUUGGAUUGAUAGUGAUGGCAAAGCUGUUGUAGAGAAAACAUUGAAUGGAUGGAAUAGGGAAGAGAAAUCAUUGAAACUGAUUAUUCUGAAAGCUGAGAGAGGCAGUGGGAAGUGGUUUUGUGUGUUGCUUCAUGAUAACAAGCCCCAGGUUUCCGCCCCGUACUAUCUGGAACCCAGCGGAAGCUGGAAUGAUAUUUAUUUUUUCCAUCAGGGAGGAAACUUUGUUUUGAAAGGACCAGACAAUCCUGGAAAUGGCUCCAUUGUCUUGGAGUGGAGACCACACUCAGGGCAACAAACUACAAAACAAUUGGGAACUUUUCACAGAGAAGGUCAGCGGUGGGCUGUACAAUGGAGUGGUGAGCACAAUAAUAUACCAGACAUUUCUCAGGGAAUCCGUGAAGACUGGGGCACCCUUAAUCUGAGAAUGAGAAAUCCCACCUUUGAACUUGCGGGUUUGUUCACCUGGAGCCAGACACAGCCCAGUAAGAAAAUCCUGAAGCAGUAUGAAGUAUUUGGGAUCAAAGUUGAGUCCGAUUCCCAGAGGCCUGUAAUAGGCAGUGACAUCACCCUCAGUUGUACCAUCUCCAGGCUCUCAGAUACAGUCAGUCUUCACUGGAAACAGAGAGGCUCAUCUCAGCAGAACAGGAGGAAGAACACUGAUGAGAUCCAUCUGAAUAACACUGUCUAUCUGAUAGUCAGACAUGUUGGAGCAGGAAAUCAGAAUCUGUAUACAUGGGAAGUGCAGGAAAAUAACUCCAUUGUUCUCACUGGAAACACAAAUGUUGAUGUGGAUUGGGAUUUACAUGAGAAGAAAUACACACUUUAUCGGUCAAGCACAGAUCACAGUGAAAUUGACCUGAUUUGUGAAGCUCUUUCUAAGUUCAGUAAAACUGAAUGGACCUGGUCAUCACGUUAUUUUCAGAAUCAAGAGAAAGAAAUAGCUUCUGCUUACAAAUCUCAGCCCAUCGGUGUAAAGAGGACCUACUUUGGGAAUCGUCUGGUCCCCACAAAGACAGAUUUUAAUGGAAAGAAUUUCAUUGUGAGGAUUGUCCCUGUCCUGUUUGAUGAUGCUGGAGUUUACACAUGUCUUUUGGCAAAAUAUGAAAUAGUGACCAUUACAUUAAUCACAGUUAAAGUGACAUCUGAACCAUCUGAUGCAGUGACUGAGGGAGACACCGUUACCCUGACCUGCUCUGUCUCUGAUGUCACUGAAUCAAUGAGAAUUGUUUGGAUCAAUAGGGAUGGCAAAACUGUUGUGGAGAAAACAUUGAAGGAAGAGAAACAGGAACAGGGUUUGUUACAGCUGGUAAUUCAGAAUGCCAACCGAGACAGAAGGAACUGGACAUGUGUUUUGUUUCAUCAAAACAUUCCACAGGUUUUAAUUCCACAUUAUCUGAAGGUUAACAAUGCUCACACUUUUCAGCACACCAGUGUUGUUAUUUUUGCGAGCCUGGCUUUUCUCCUUCUCAUUAUCCUGGCAGUGGUGCUGAGGUUAAAGUGCAAAGCUGCAGGUUUGGAAAGUCAAAGACCAAAAUCUCUGCAACCAAAAGAAAAUACAGAAGAUGCAUCUCAGCUUUAUUCAAGUCUUCAUGAAAUUCAGCAAAUGCAAGGUGAUAACGAGACUGCGGUGCCUGAGACGAGUGGAUUCGAUGAAUAUGCAGUUAUCAGUAGAAAGGCAGAAAAAGACAAUACAGAGAGAGAAGAUAUUCAUUAUGGAUCCAUUGAUUUUCAGAAAAAAGCAACAGGGAGCAGCCAGGGAAAAGGGGGUGCACAGUGGAACACACAAUCUUCAGAUACUGAACUGGCUUCUUCAAAGGAAGAUGUUUCAUCUGUCAUCUAUGCGCAAGGAAAGAGGCUGAAUCUGUGAAAUGAGUCUACAACUUACCUGCAGUAGAACACCAGGUGUUUUAAUCUUAAGUUUCUUUGUAUUUCCACUUCAGACUGUUCUCACACAUAGUAAGUGAUUUUUUUCCUCUGUCAGGCACUAACACUCUUGUUUUACUUUAUUAUAGUGAUCAAUGAAAUUACUUAGCCACUGUUCAGGAAAGAGUCGGGGGUGGGGGUGUGCUUCAUUCCCAUUUCUCAGCUCCUUUUAAUAAAUUUCAGGGGUUUGCUUUUCAAAUUCCAACAACUGAACAACUUAAUGAAAUGAAAAUUGCUGACCAAUUUCUCAUUGUUCUUCAACUCCAUUUCCCAAACUAACAAUUUCUCUAUCCAUCCAAUCUUGGAUGCAGCAAGGGGUGACUGAAUAGAGUUCUUUCACAUUAUAAAGGCGCUUGAUAGGGUAAAAGAUGUUUCCACUUGAGGUUGAGCCAAAAUGGCCCAUUUAUAUACACCAAAUUUUAUAUAAUUCUAGUUUAGUGUCCAAACUAAUUUAUUACAAUUACAGUGUGCAUAGAGCCAUUGUGGUUUUGUAAUCUCAAUGUGAGUUGCUGUCCUAUCAUGAGACACAUGGGAGUUGUU